UCCCGCAGAGAGGCGAGAAGAUGGCGGCCGUGUCGAGCGGAGGUGCUGCGGGGUCCGCUGCGGCCGGGAUUACGCACUCUGCCCGACCGAGCCACGCAGUCAUGGGCUCCCAGAACCGAGCCCAGCCGUCCUCCGGGAUCAGCCACCCCAGUCGUACCAGCACGGCCGUCGGGGGCAUCACCAAUCCUGGCCACUCUUCGGCCACCAGGCCCCCCCCAGCCCGAGUGGGCCACUAUGAAAUCGAGCGGACCAUCGGCAAGGGAAAUUUCGCGGUUGUUAAACUCGCCACACACAUAAUUACCAAAGCAAAGGUGGCUAUAAAAAUAGUGGAUAAGACCCAGCUGGACGAUGAGAACCUGAAAAAGAUCUUCAGAGAGGUGCAAAUCAUGAAGUUGCUGAAGCACCCCCACAUCAUCCGCCUCUAUCAGGUGAUGGAGACGGAGAGGAUGAUAUAUCUGGUUACAGAGUAUGCGAGCGGUGGAGAGAUUUUUGACCACCUGGUGGCUCACGGGCGGAUGGCGGAAAAGGACGCCAGAAAAAAGUUCAAGCAGAUCGUGGCAGCAGUUCAUUUCUGUCAUUGCCGCAACAUCGUCCACAGAGAUCUGAAGGCUGAGAAUCUGCUCCUGGACCACAACCUCAACAUCAAAAUCGCAGAUUUUGGCUUCAGCAACCUGUUUUCUCGAGGCCAGCUGUUGAAGACGUGGUGUGGCAGCCCUCCCUAUGCCGCACCAGAACUCUUCGAGGGAAAGGAGUAUGAUGGGCCAAAAGUAGAUAUAUGGAGCUUAGGUGUGGUGUUGUAUGUACUGGUGUGUGGCGCCCUGCCUUUUGAUGGCAGCACUCUACAAAAUUUACGGGCACGUGUCCUCAGUGGCAAGUUCCGCAUCCCCUUCUUCAUGUCCACAGACUGUGAGUACUUGAUCAGACACAUGUUAGUUCUGGAGCCCAGCAGACGGUUGUCCAUGGAGCAGAUCUGUAAGAACAAGUGGAUGAGAGAAGGAGACCCGGACCCUGACUUUGACAGGUUGAUAGCAGAGUGCGUGCAGGUGAAGACUGAAAGAGACACAGAGCUCAUCAACGAGCAGGUGCUCGUAGCCAUGUCAGAGAUCGGCCUGGACAGAGAACGCACACUUCAGUCUCUACAAACAGAUGCAUAUGAUCACUACAGUGCCAUCUAUAGUCUGCUGGCCGACCGCCUCAAGAAACACAAGACCCUGCGUGUUGCUCAGCCUCCACCGCGCUCCAUUAGCUAUCCCCUUAAUGCUGUGCAGCAGACAGAUCCACAGGGUAAUCCAGUUAGCAUGACCGUUCCCCAUGUCCAGCUCAUCAACCCAGAGAACCAGAUUGUGGAGCCUGAUGGCAACAUGGCACUGGACAGUGAUGAAGGAGAGGAGCCAUCUCCUGAGGCCAUGGCUCGCUACCUCUCAAUGAGGCGGCACACUGUGGGGGUACCAGACCAAAGGACAGAGAUGCAGGAGGACCUACAGAAACUGCCACCGGGUUUCCCACGUGGUGCCGUGCCCCAGCCCCCUUUCCCCCCACUGGCCCCCAUUAUGGGCCAGAUGCACACUCUCAUGCCAACACAGAGCAUGCAGCCCACACAACAGCUGGAGUACAAGGAGCAGUCAUUGCUACAGCCACCCACUCUGCAACUGCUCAACGGCAUGGGGCCUCUGGGUCGAAGAGCUUCCGACGGUGGGGCUAACAUUCAACUACACGCUCAGCUCCUCAAGAGGCCGCGGGGGCCCUCGCCGCUUGUCGCUAGCCCGCACCCUAUCCCUGCAGUAGCUCCCGUGGACGAGGAGGGUUCAGACGGAGAACCAGACCAAGAGGCAGUACAGAGGUACCUGGCGAACCGCUCCAAGCGGCACACGACGCAUGCUCUCAUGAGCACAUCGCAUGGCGAGUCCUCAGCAGAGUCACAGCGAUCCCAGGGCCCCCGCCAGAGGGGGGGCUGGGCCCCCGACACAUACAGCCGAUCCAGCUAUAAGGACUGUAAUACCCUUCAUCUUCCCAUGGAGCGCUUCUCACCUGUCAGACGGUUCUCUGAUGGCGCUGCCACCAUCCAGGCUUUCAAGGCUCAUAUGGAGAACAGCAGCCUCAUUAAGCAGCUAAAGCAGGAGUGUGAGCAGCUCCAGAAAAUGUAUGCUGCCCAGCAUGAUGAGCGAUUCCUGGAACACACCCAGCAGCAGCAUAUCAUCUACCAGCAAGAGCAACAUAUCCUCCACCAGCAAAUCCAGAGUCUGUCUUUAGGCCAUGGAGAGAGCCAGCCUAGUCACCUAACCCACCAGCUUCAGAGGCUGCAUAUCCAGCCCUCCAGCCCUCCGCCAACACAUCCCAGCAACCACCUCUUCAGACAGACCGAUCAGAGCCCUCCACCUUGCUCUGCAGGCAUAAUGCAAGGACAUGGAGGUCCAUCACAGGUGCAGUACCAGCACGGCGCUCCAGCUAUGUACCAGGGACAAAGUGGUAGCCCUCCUCCCACAGGUCGAGGUACAUUACCAACCAAUCAACAAGCACCAUCUACCCGCCCCACUGUCCCAUUGGCCCAGGGUGUACCUCAGCAACAGCAGGUGACCAUCCAAGUGCAGGAAGUGGAACUCGGAGGUGGGGUGCAGAGACAGUGCAGCUUUUUGUCCACGCCAGGGGGACACCGAGUCCUCGGGAAGCAGCUGAGCGCAGACAACGCCGAGAUGCACAGUCGCAGUCUUGGCCGCUUCACUUCAGCCUAUGAGCAGGCACAUUUCAAUCCCCACAUCUUCUCUGGUGGUGACGCAGUUUCCCGGGGCGCCCCUUUCAGCCCAUACCUGCAGGGAACCUCCCUGAACGUCCCCAACCUGGAGGGUUACCAGAGCGGGGCAGGGGGGGGCGGCACCUAUGGCCCCCCCUCUACACUACAGCAGGCCCUGCUCUCCCCAACUCCUUUGGACUACCGCCCGCAACAGCACAUCACUCCUACUCUGCAGGGCCUCCUCUCCCCCCGGCACUCUUUAACUGGCCACGCCGAUCCCCGGUUGCCCCCCCAAGACCUAGCUGCCCUGCUGAAGAGGCAUAGCCCUCGCCCGUGCCAAGCAACCCCCGCACCACCCAGCGGUCCACCCCAAGAGUAUGGAGAGAUGCUGCUUCUCCACCAGCUGACUCAGGGCGAGAGCUUGGAUCCCCCGGCGCCUCAAGGUGCCUCCGGAGGACAGCACUACCUCCAUCUCCUCCAGAUUCGUCCCCCAGAUAACCAGCCGCAGCAGCACCCAGCACAGGCCCCUUGCCCCAGCUUACCUCACUCAGAGAGCAUGGAGGAGGACGACGUGCCGGCUGCCUACCACCACCCGCACGAGGGCCUGCUGGCCAAGGCAGGAGAAGGUCAUGAGCUCCUGGGGCCUCCCAGAGGAGGAACCCCACCGUAUAACUCCCCAACACACAGGCAUGGCGGCUUCAUCAGGAAUGCUCCCGCAACAAGAGAAUCUGAGCAUGUGGAUUGCAGGCCCCAGGGGCAGGCCAUGGAGGUGCCUGAUCAUAACGGUGUGGCAUAUUCAAGAGGUCCCCAGGGUGACACCUGUAGGACCCGUGGACAGCUACAGCGCCACCACACCAUCCAGACCUGUGAUGAUGCUUUUGACCAGGCAGAGCCAAUGUCUGGAAUGAGCCUGUUGGCUGGGAAGGCUUUAAGCUCCGCUCGCAUGUCAGACAUCCUAAGCCAGACAUCACUGACAGGAAGCCAGCAGCUGCACCACCGGGAAGAGUCAGUAUGUGAUGUUGAAGGGGAGCUCCAUGCAGCAGCCUGCUAUCCUUCCUCCUGCACCAGUGACAUGCUCCUCAGCUACAAGCCCCCGGACCUGCAGUACAGCAUGGAGCAGGCUGGGGUCUAGCACAGGAAAUUGUGUCUCCUGUGUACAGCGGUCCAUAUCAGCCAUCCUGAGUUGUGUUGACUUGUGUUGAGCAGCAUCACGCCAAACCACCUUCGUCUCCCUAAGCAGGGGGACACUCUGCGUCUACCUGUCUGUCUCCAUCUGUCUUUGGGAGAGCAGUUUACGCGCGAGAGAGAGGGAGUGUGGAUAGGUGUAGACAUCAGAUAGGGGGGAUGGGGGGGGUCACAGGUAGGGUCCUGGGGUUCAAAGGUCAAAGUGCCAGCAUUUUCCGCAGGGACAUCCAGCGUCCACUGCUGCAGGAUGUCUCCUCUUCUCACCUCCCGCCGUGUUUGUAGGUAGAUCGGGGUUCCUAUUCCUCCCUCUAACACUUAGUGAUCAUUGACUUUGCCCCCCCCACCUCGCUCCCUUACAACCCCCCCCCGUACCCACCUGCUGCCCUGACCCUAACCUCUACUUCUCACCCUUCAUCCUGCUAUUAACUGUUGGCAUACUUCGUUAUGUGCCGCAUCGGCCAAAGCAUCGGUGCAGUCACACUCACAGAACGCAUGGAGUCCAACACACACACACACAGAUACAUACAAACAUACAUACGUACAUACAUACACACACAUUCAUACACACACACACACACUCACUGCUGCCACAAACCCAAAGUAUUCACAUAAGGCGUGAGUGUUCAUGUGUGACUCAGAAGAAGGCGUGAGCGGACAUGAAGGUUGUCUAUGAGAGUAAGUCUGCCACCCCCCCCACCCCCCUGCUGGCCAUGCGGUAGAUCAUGCCGACACGGGCCGAAAUCUCGACUGCUGCGACCCCUCCCCCCUUUUUUGACCGAGUGGCGGGUGGUGUUUUGGAUUUGGCUCUGAUCAACUCCAACUGGCAACAAAACCGCUCUCCAAAGACAGAGCUCCGUGACAUCGCACAGGACAAACCAGCUCUCAUAGUUUUUUUGUUUUUGUUUGUUUGUUCUCUUGUUCUGGUAUUUUUUCUUUUAAUUUUCUUUUAAAAUUAAUUUUUACGGCUAAUGUCCAUGUAGGCAUUUUGGUCAAUAUUGUUACUCUUGUUGUUAUUACUGUUAUCUGUAAAAGAAGUUUUAUUCUGAUGAAUAUUAUUAUUAUAAUUAUUAUUACAGUUCUGUGUUGAGAGAAAGACAACAUUGUUCUUUGAUUACUUAAGUAAUUCUGCACUUUCGGUUCAAGCUAUCUCUAUCCUCUCUCUCUGUUCCCCCCCCCCUCACAGUUCCUUAUUACCCGUCACGAUGUUACCCUGCCUCUCAAUUCCACCCACAGCCCUUUUCCAACCCUAACUUUCCCCACCUUGUGUUCACCUCUUUUCUCCAUCCUCCUUUCCCCUACGUCAGUGACAGUGUAUUGCAUUGUGGGUAGAUUUACCAGACCUUCGCUCCUUUCCUUGUACAGUGAUGCCAUGUAUAGAAUGCUAUUGCAAUUUCUGUAUCAAACAAAUUUUUUUUUUGUUACUUUCUUUUUGUUUUUAGAUGUUGCUGGGGAGGCUUUUUUAUAUUUGUAUUGUUUUAUCAUUUGUACUUCAAUGUGUUCUCUUUUUGUUUAGUUUUUUUUGUUUUAUGAAUCUUUGAGAUUUCUAGCCAAAAGAGGACGGAGAGAAGAGACACUGCUCUUUCUGUCCCGUUAAAAACGAUUGUUCUUAUUUGUUCUAAUAUUAUUAUAUUGAGACACUUGAAUAAGAGGAGAUUAAUUAUUUUGUGUUGCUCUUUAAAGUAUCAUUUCAGUCGUUGUUGUCGUGACUGUCAUUCUUGUUGAUGUUUGGGCCUGUUUUCUGUUAACGUUGUAGUUGCGGCAGGCUUUACAGGGUCAGGCUUUGGGCUUUGUCUGGGUUGGCUCGGGUGCUACAGAGACUUGACACUCUUUAAAAAAAAAAAGAAGAAGACAAAUAAAGAGGGAAUAAUUUGUAAAAUAGCUGACAUAUCAUCCUGAACAUCACAAGUGUGGACAUGGACAAACCCACUUCUCUUUCUCUCUUGCUGCCCUUCCUGUCUGCUGUGAUCCUCACCAUCUUUUACUACAUCAGCCUCUGAUUAGAUGAAGCAUCCCGGACAUGGCCUCCUCCUCGCAAGCUAAUCUUUUAUUACUGCAACCAAGGAGGAAACUACAACUGCUAUUACUCAACCGCCCUCAACCCUCUUUUGGUUUUCUUUAACUUAUGUUAGCCCCCUCUCCCUCCCUCAAGACUGGAAGGAAUGAUCCCAGGACACAACGGUUACAUUUCAUGAACGGUUAAUGGAUCCUGUCUUUGGACAAACCUCCAAAGCCUAAAAGGGAAACAUUUGUUGCAGAAGGCGACCAUAGAUGAAUGAAGUGUUUGCGCCGCGGAGGAAUACAAGGUUGAGGUGUGCCCACCUUAAACGUGUCUACCAAGGUCUGUGCACCCUGAGCAUAGUGGAGACAUAGCCACAUGGAGGCUGCAGCACCCUGGGGACCACAGACAUGGAUUGAACCCCCCCUCUCCUUUAAUUUUCUUUAUUGUUUAACAUCUAUUUAUCCUCCCAUAUUGAGUACAAUACCCCUGGAUAUAGAGUCUAUAUUGGGCCAGCAAGAGACUGGUGCAAAGAAAUAUUGUUCCACUUGUUUGUGUUUAUACUGGCUAGAUUUCACAUUACCUGGCUGCAUGGUUGACAAAUCGUUGGCUAUGUACAUGAGAGAACUGUAGAUGUUGUCAUGCAGCGCCUGUUGCUUUCCAUUCCCAUCGCGUCACUUCCUGUUUACCAGCAGUUGCUCUUAUUCAGACUGGACGGGGUGGGCUUUAUCUCUGAAAGUAAGAGCAGGAGUGAAGUGGGGAGUGAAAUCUGAUUAAAAUCAAUGUCUCAUUCCUUCCUCUCUCAGAUCUCACCUGCUGUUUGGUCUCAUUCUUUACACCAAGCCCAUAAAGUGAGAUCUGGAAGAGAAAGAAUAGUUCUUUGAUGUGUUGCAGAGGAAAUGUCUGCACGUCUCUUGUCUCAUGACAGGAUAGAAACUCUAAAAUUAAAGAGGAGCGGCUCCACUAUGUCUGAUAUUGUGACCAGUGGCACACAGGAAAGGAGCGCUGGAGGGACUGGAAAGCACUGCACAUGAUUCAGAGGUAAUGGGGAGAGAGCUGCUUCACACACACAUCUCCUGCCCGAUCAGACCGACCCUGCUCCCUGACCCGGCUCCUUCUUUUCUUUUCUGUCUGAUUGUCUCCAUCUCUGACUUUCUUUUUUAUUUCUCUCCAUCCCAGCCUCACUUUUUUGGGCAGCCAGCUCUCUGCUCCUCUCAUUAGGUUCAUUUUUUUUCAAUUGGUUCAUUUUUGUUUUUGUUUUUAUGUUCAUUUCUGUUGAGUACAAAAAUACUAAAGUGCAACAACAAUGAUUAAAAAGAAUAUCAACCAAACUGAGAUGAAUAAAUAAAUAUAUAUAAAUAAAGAAAUAAUUUAAAAA